ACUACCCUCGACAAUUCAGUGUCCAUAUUAUCACGGUUGGACGCGUAUAAAGCGCGCGGAGACGCAUCCCAAUGACCCGAACGGCGCGUAAAGAGCGGUGUAAAUAAAUGGUCACGAUGAAGUACGUUUACUGCGGGCGCAGAGCGCGUUAGUGAUGCCGGCUUUAGACGAGAGUAUUUCGCACGACACGACGAGCCCGCCCACGACCACGCACGACGGCCUAAUGUCCGAUGAUGCUUCCGACGGAGUUUCAGCUUCCGAUGGACUUUCGUCCGAGAAAGUGAAGACGUUCGUUUUCACGUCGCGCAGGACUGCGCAGGACGGCACGCAGAGCGAGGAGAGUCUGGAGAUUCGCAUACCCGAGUUGCUGGAAGCUAGUUACAGCUUCUACAUCUGGCCCUGUGCACCGGUGCUCGCCCUGUUUCUCUGGGAGCAUAGAGACGACCUGGUUGGGAAGCACGUGUUGGAGCUCGGAGCUGGCACUUCAUUACCCGGCAUUCUUGCCAGCAAGUGCGGCGCCAGUGUAACCCUGAGUGAUUCCGCGAACAACACCAGAGCCCUGCAGCACAUCAGGAGGUGCACCGAGUUGAACGGGGUUCAAAACCAAGUAAGGAUUAUUGGUAUCACCUGGGGCUUGUUCCUAAACAGCCUGUUCACACUCGGGCCAUUGGACCUGAUCAUCGGUUCGGACUGCUUCUAUGAGCCUACUGUGUUCGAGGAUAUAGUGGUCAUCGUAGCGUUCCUGUUGGAGAAGAAUCCGCACGCGAGGUUCCUCUGCACGUACCAAGAACGCAGUGCCGAUUGGUCGAUCGAGCAUUUCUUGAAUAAGUGGGGUCUCACGUGCACACACGUACCGUUGGACGAUCUCGGCGCGAAUUCCAACGUCAGUGUGGACGAGUUGAUGCAGGCUCACACGAUACACUUACUGGAUAUUCGACGACGAUAGGGACGUAAAGGCCGAGCGAGUCUAC